AUGAGACUGUCGAAUUUACUAUGUGCCGAGUUCCUUUUAUCCAUCCCUGAAACGGACGCAACCCUAAUCAAUUUCUGUGGUCAACAGCCGUUGCACGUUCUUGCAAACCAUCCCCACACCGAAGAAGGCAUUCGGGACUGUUUCUUCGACCGGCGACCCGACAUUGAUGUGAAUGCCGUCGACGCCGCUGCUCUUAUGUUGGCAUUUGCAGCGAAGAACAUAGACUUCUGCAUUUAUCUGCUCGCCAAGGGUGCAUCUCUCGGAAAUGUCAACUUUGACAAUUGGAGUAUCUUUGCCGGUGGUGUUACUUCACCGGACUUCCGGCAACUGAAGCGAAUUCUCGGUCAGAUUAUAUUUUGA